UUCCCAUCUUCUGGCUUGGCGGCUCCGAGGCUGAGUGAGACUCUCUUGUUCCGUGUGCUGCGCAGUGACCCGCUGCCGGGAGCUGUGAGGAGAGCGGGGCGAGUGCCGAAUCCGCCAUGGAUACAAUGACCUAUGAGGAUGUGCAAGUGAACUUCACCCAUGAAGAAUGGGCUUUGCUGGAUCCUUCCCAGAAGAGUCUCUACAGAGAUGUGAUGCUGGAAACCUGUGAUAAUCUCACUGCUAUAGGCUACAAAUGGGAGGACCAGAAUAUUGGAGAACGUUGUCAAGGUUCUGGAAGAAAUGGAAGGUAUAUCAUCUGUCACUCUGGAUAUAAGCCAUGUGACAACAAUGGAUCUGGAAAGAAGAUAAGUACCUGUCUCUCACCCAGAAAAAUCAAAAGAUAUGCAGUGGUUACCACUGUGAGUAGACAGUGUGAUCAUGAAACAAGUGUAGAAUUAAUUGGAUUUCCAACUUCACUGGAACUACACCAACAUACUUACAAUGGAAAAAAGCCUUAUGAGUACAAAGAACUUGGAAAUUUUUCUGUCUGUACUGGGUCAUGUUGUACCUGCAAUGUGACUCCCACUAUAGGAAAAUGUUAUGAAUGCAAUCAGUGUGGUAAACCUCUCAGUUCUUCCAGUUCUCUUCAAAGAAAUGUAAAAACUCACAUGGAAAAAGGAACUGAUAUUUGUGAGCCAUGUACUAAAGGCAUGAACCAUCACACAUAUCUUGAAACAUGCAAAAGAACCCAUAAAGAAGAGGAAUCCUAUGAAUGCAAACAACCUGAUAAAACAUUUAUAUAUGAUUGCCCUUUACAAUUACAUCAAAGAACGCAUUUGAAAAUUAAACCCUCUGGAUAUAAUGAAAGUUUUAAAGCUUUUGCACAUCAUAGUUAUCUUCAAUUACCCAGAACUAAUGCUUUAAUGAAACAGUAUGAAGAUAAGCAAUGUGGUAAAGCUUUUACAUAUCCCAGUAUUCUUAAACAAUAUGAAAGAAGUCAUAGUGGUGUGAAAUCUUAUGAAUGCAAUCAGUGUGGUAGAGCAUUUGCACAAAAGAGUCAUCUUCUCAAUCAUGAAAAAAGUCAUAUUGGAAAUACACCCUAUGAAUGUAAUCAGUGUAGUAAAACAUUUGCAUGCAAACGUAAUCUUCACAAUCAUGAAAGAAUUCAUACUGGAGAGAAACCAUAUGAAUGUAAUCAAUGUGGUAAAUCCUUUACACGUAAAAGUAAUCUUCACAUUCAUGAAAGAAUUCAUAUUGGAGAGAAACCUUAUGAAUGUAAUCAAUGUGGAAAAUCCUUUACACGUAAAAGUCAUCUUCACAGUCAUGAAAGAAUUCAUACUGGAGAGAAACCUUAUGAAUGUAAUCAAUGUGGUAAAUCCUUCACUCGUAAAAGUCAUCUUUACAGUCAUGAAAAAAUUCAUACUGGAGAGAAACCAUAUGAAUGUAAUCAAUGUGGUAAAACAUUUGCACGGAAAUAUGAUCUUCACCCUCAUGAAAGAAGUCAUACUGGAGAGAAACCUUAUGAAUGUAAUCAAUGUGGUAAAACAUAUGCACGGAAACGUGAUCUUAACUAUCAUGAUAGAAUUCAUACUGGAGAGAAACCUUAUGAAUGUAAUCAAUGUGGUAAAACAUAUGCACGGAAAUAUGAUCUUCACAAUCAUGAAAGAAUUCAUACUGGAGAGAAGCCUUAUGAAUGUAAUCAAUGUGGUAAAGCCUUUACACAUAAAAGUUUUCUUCACAGUCAUGAAAGAAUUCAUACUGGAGAGAAACCGUAUGAAUGUAGUCAAUGUGGUAGAACAUUUGCAUGGAAAAGUUAUCUUCACAAUCAUGAGAGAAUUCAUACUGGAGAGAAACCUUAUGAAUGUAAUCAGUGUGGUAAAUCCUUUACUCGUAAAAGUCAUCUUCACAGUCAUGAAAGAAUUCAUACUUGAGAGAAACCUUAUGAAUGUAAUCAAUGUGGUAAAAGAUUUGCAUGGAAAUGUGAUCUUCACUAUCAUGAAUGAAUUCAUACUGGAGAGAAUCCUUAUGAGAGUAAUCAAUGUGGUAAAACCUU